AAUAGUAGCAGUGUCAGCUUUAGACCGUGGAAUCUACUUGAAAGAGCAUGUUCCAUCAAUCCUCCACAACACUUCGUCGAUAACAUCGGUAAUCGAGAAUAUAUGCGCGAGGUGGACAUUUCCAGUGCCAAUGCUCCACUUUCACCUGCAGUUUGGAGAUAUCUAGUUGUGGUAGACAGUCGACAAUCGGACUAUUCUUCCAUAGACAUAACCAAAUUGGCUGAUAAAGCUGCAUCGGACUACGAUAAUACACCUUACUAUAUCACAGCCUCAUUAUCGCCUGAGCAAGUGCAAGAGAAUAUCGACUUCAGGCUCGGGGAUGGCGUAGUGCAUGGCGGAUAUCUGAAUUACCCACUCAAGGAAAGCCAAACUGAUCCCAGGUGGACCUUGGUUCCAAUGUCACAAGUUGAGAACGAGAUACUUGAACCUCGUCUUAAAACAUGUGGAUUUACCGAAGAAGGUAAUUUUGAAUGCGACAUGCCAUUGGCCGAGUUCAUCUCAUACAUUCCACUGUGGAUCAAAACCGCACUGGUUCUAUGCUUUUCAACGCUUGUCUUCUGUUUUUGCAUCAUGCUCGCUUGCGGAAUACGACGAUUUUGU